GAACUCAUGGAGAGAGAGGAAGUACUGAUGGAGAAGAAGUGUGAUGCUGGUCAUUUAUUGGUUAAGGUGUGAUUGACAGGUGUAGACCGAAGCGAGUGGGUAGGAGAGUGUGUUUUUCUGGAAAAAGAAAACUUGACCAAGAAAAAAAAGAAAGGAGGGGCGAAGACGUAAACAGGCACAACGGACACGCCUGGCAGCGAGUGUAAAGUUCUACAAAGAUAAUAGUUAAGUGUGUAGUUUUUCCGUGUCUAAGAGACUGUCUGCUCGACAGUCGGAACCCAGACAUUCGAGUACUGUUUAGUGUACAGCUCGAGAAGUUUCAGCUCGAACUCCUGCCGAAGCUGCAUUGUUGUUAGCUUAGCCUAGCUACUGAGCUAACUCGGACUGUGUUGUUAGCAUUCGCUAGCAAAGUGAACGGACGUAGCCACAAGGAGCUAAACCAGGUUCUAACAUCGGCUGUGCCUUGUGGUCUCACCGGGGAGUAUGAGGAUUCGGCUCGACCGCUGCCAGUGUGUGUGACUCGUCGUAGAUGGACAUCGUCCCGGGCUGCCAGGGAGCCUCCAUCGUCUGCUCACCAGUCUGUCUCCAGUCUACCCACCGUGUCACCUGCCGGACUCGGACCGGGUAAACCGCUGUUCUUUGGAUUGGAGAUAACACUUUUCCUUGACUGUUCCUGGAUCAUUGGAAACAACGGCGGAUUUUCUCACACUCAAAAGUCACCAUAUCAGGCCUGUAACGGGGUUAUUUUAUUUUGCCGACUGUGUCUAUGUGUGUGAGUGUGGGCCCACUUAGUGGUGUUUGAGUUUAUUACUGAAAGUAACUAAAAGGGUUUGAAUGUGAUAAUUGGAGUAAUUUGAAGGUAUUUUUGCAACUUAAAGGGAUAUUCUAUAUAUUUUGAGGAACUUAAAAGUGUUCUAUACAACAGAAAGGUACUCUCUGGUAAUUUCGGUUAAUUUUACAACUGACAGUGAAUCAGAUCUUUUCAUAAUUAAUUUCAAACAUAAUUUCAGUGAAAGUGUAUUGCUGUUUUGCUUGAAUACAUUUAAAAUGCGAAUUAAAUCAUUGAUUGGUUUAUUUUUCAAACUAAAAUGAGUCUUGUGCUAUUUCCUUUGCUAGAGUUAAAAGGUGAAUUCACCUAGGUAUACAAGUUGAGUGUGCAUAAAAAAACGGAAUUCAAAUUACCUUUAAGAAAUUUCUUGUAAAUCAGGGUUAAAAUUAGAAUAGAGGAACCCAGAAGCCUGCCCUUAGUAAAAGAUCUAUUGAGGGGAGUGCUACAUAGAGAUUGACCGAUAUGUUUUUUUCAGGGCCGAUAGCAAUUAUUAGUAGUCAAGGAGGCCGAUAACCGAUAUUUGGAGCCAAUAUUUAUUUGCAGUAAAAUGGAAAAUAUCGGCGUCAACAUUUUGAAUAAUACAAACUGCAAGACUUAACUUUGAGUGUUUUUACACAUAGAAUUAAAGGGGACAUAUUAUGAAAAACCCACUUUUUGCUUGCUUUAUUAUGUAUAAUUGCAUGUCUGGAGUGCCUCCCGACCCCUUAAGAGUGAUUUAGGACCUCUACGUCAAUGUUUUGUAAACAGGCGGAGUCAGGAAAUGUGUCUCUAAGAGAGCCAUUUGGAUUUCACCUGCACACUUACGUAAGAGUGCGGGUGAUUUGAAUGCACCAGCCCUCACGCUGGAUAUCUCCUCCCAUAUUACUCCGGCUACCCGAAGGAGGAUCCGCCAUUUUCUCGCUUCACUUGUAUGCAACAACCUGACCGCAACCAUGUGCAACCCGAAAGCCAAGCACUCCUGCUCUGUCGUCGGAUGUACGGACACUCAUGUUUCCCUACAUUGCCUUCCUACCAAAGAGGAUAUCAGAGCGAAGUGGCUUUUUUUUUUUUUUUCAGGGAAACGUCCCAGCUUCACUGAGCAAAAGCGUUGUUGUCUGUGCAAAUCACUUCACACCGGCAGCAAGGGCUAGCGCAUUUUGUGGCUGCGGCAGCUGGUCGCGGCAUUUCCGGUGGCAGCUCCAGCUGCCGGAUGAGUGGCCGAGGCAGCUGCCACCACGGCGGCAGCCGCCUCGCUCGAUAGUGGCCGCGGUGCCCCGCUGCCGGGGCAGCAGCCACUGUCCUGACGAGCUGCCGGGGCAGCAGCCACUGUCCGGACGAGCUGCCGGGGCAGCUGACGGUAUUUCGGCACUUGUCGGUUACAUCUUCAGGUGUUCCCAUAGCUGCCAACCCAGAUAAGCAGAACACCAGGAGGUCUAGGGCCACAACACCUGAACCUCUCCGCCAGAGCAUUGUUCCCACCUGCUUCAAGACUACAACCCCACCCAUCCACAUCACGGACUGUUCACACUUCUACCCUCAGGCCGGAGGUAGCCUACAGAAGUGUGAAAUACAGAACAUCAAGGCUGAAAAACUCUUUCAUCCCCUCUUUCAUCAGACUCCUGAACAGAUAACAGGAGUCAUAACCACGGACUCCCUCAUCACUGUACAUUUUGCACAUUGCAUUGCUAACAUCAGACACUUCACUUUUGUAUACAAAUAAGAUUUGUAUUCUUUAUUUAUUGUAAUUUCUUUUUACAUUCUAUUUUAUAACUUGGCAUCAGUGUGGACAGCAAAGAAAAAAAAUCAUUGCACAGAGAAACUUGUUUUUUCUUGCUGUACAUGACAAUAAACACUUUGAAUCUCUUGUUUCUUGUUUGAAAUCGCUCUAAAUACAUGGGUCAUGACUCAUUUUUUCAUACAUAGAUGGCUAGGUAAUUUAAUCGUGAUAAUUAACAUGAGAAUUUUACAAAAGCCUGUGGUCUGUGAUGAGAAAAAAACGUAAACAAAAAAUAUUUUCUACAACAAUCCAAAUGUUUGAAGUCUAAUUUCAUUGGCCAAUGACUGUUAACUUUAAUGUUUCCACAGACUCUCGACUUUUUUCAACGAGUUUGGAAAAUGGAAGGUUCACAUCAGAUGUUCUCCGAUGUAGCAUCGUUUUUGGCCUGUGAUGGGUCUGAAUGUGUCUUCUGUCAAAAAAAGGAACUGGCAAAUAAGAAUCAUCUUUGCAAAAAGCAUCUUGCAGAUGCAAUGUACUUUGUGGAAAACAAUCAAGAGAAAUUUGUGGUGGCCUGCUUCUGCAAGGACAAAACACAAGCAUCCAGAAGCCACUACCAUUGUCCAUAUUGCAAUUUUAAAACUUUUUCACGGCCAUGCUACUUCAUGAAACAUUUAAAAGUCAUGCAUGGUAUUGCAUCAAGCAAAAAACGAGAUAAGACAAAGGCUUUAAAACGAAAAGCCGACAAUGUCACAGAAGACCCUGCAGACAACUUGGACAGUAAACCAGAAAAGGUGUCAUGUCCCCACUGCACAUCUGAGCUAAGUUCCCAAAAAAAUCUAAAAAGACAUAUCAGAGAUGUACAUUGCUUGGACAUUGCCCCCAUGAUUUGCAUUGACGUAAGAAAUGGGAUUUAUGACACACCAAAGUAUGACCACAGCCCUGUUUUGCCGGUGCAUGUAAUCAAGUCCACUAACCCACCAAAAAUUGACUGUGAGGUUCCAAAUUGCAGGAAAUUCAUGCAAAUUGCAUGGUCCUCAGGAAAUCCUGGAAAGGAAUGCAAACACUUGGAGAGAACAAAGAAUGCCAAGUCAUAUGCAAAGCCAGCAGUCCUCACAUCUGCCUCCCUCAAGGACAUGUUGAGUAAGGGAUUGAUGUCCUCAGAAUUGGGUGUCAGAUGCGAAAACCUCAACCUGGAUUCAAACAAACUUGGAUUGGACAGUGUUUUUCCAGUUAUUUUUGAAGAUGAGGGAUACUCCAAACGGUGGGUUUUCUUCUCAGUCUUCACAUCGCAGACAGACAACUGGUGUCAGUUCGGAAGGACUAUAGUCAUGUUUGACACAGUUGCGGGACAAUGGAACUGUCAGUGUCGGGGGACUGGGACUUCACACCGUUGUAUCCACCGCAUGAUGGCCAUGUGGUGGAUUUUUCAAGAGUCCCCAGGCACUUUAAUGGAAACAUUGGACAUUCAGACACAAGAUAUUGAUGACCUGGAAAGUCACAUUGUUGAAACCAGCAUCAGCUGUGAACAACAACCUGUGAACAGUCAGAAAAUCUGCAUUAUGACAGACUACCUCAUGACACACAAGCGCAUCCCAUUCCUACAGGAUUUGCCUGUGGAGCUGAGGACUAAGGAGCAGCAACCACCACCACCGUGUUUUGUCCCCACAGAAAACACUUGUCCGUACUGUCCUGGUCCCACCCCUCCAGCUCUGAAUCCCUCCAACACAGUAACCACGCAAGCUGUGGUGUAUGGGAUUAAUUAUGUCCAGAAAGGUGUCUCUGUAGCUGUAAAACAGUGCCCAGCAUGCACUAACGUUGUGAGGUUCCAGGAAUAUACCUCUGGUUUUCACAACUUCAAUAACCGCGUCCUCUUGACAUUGCCAUUGUGUGAGCUUUUGCUUUCUGGUUUGGCGAACAAGACAACCAGUGGACGUAUGCUGGACACUAUGUCAUUGUUAAAUGACAACCGAUACCAUCACCAAACAGUGAGAAAAGCAUUUCAUCACUUUUUAUCGCUCACUAAUUUCAAGUUUCAGUUUUCCUGCUACCAGUGUGGGCACCAUCCAGCUGUGGUCGUGGCUGACGCCAACUGGAAACUGGCCUUUGAUAUCCCACUUGGCACAUUUAAAAGGCCAGAUCCAGAGACUGUUUCUGAGGAAGACUUUGAAGUGGAUAUAGUGAAGGCAUGGUCAGACUUGGACAAGUCACUGAUAGCAGAGGGACUCAUAUCAGGAACAUCUGUGGCUAACCCAUACCACAACUCUGUUGGACACUCCACUUUGGCACCGUGGAUGGGAGAGCACACCAGAGUGGGAAAGACUCUACCCAAAACAGAGUUCAGAAAGGCCAUGAAAAAAAACCCCGAUGCUGAAACCAAGCAUCCCCUCAAAAAGAUAAAUGAGGACAUCAUUCUGGAUCUACUUGAUUCAAAGAAGCCUCAAAAAAAGAACUACAAGAUGCUUGUAAUGCCUUGGGUGUGUCAGCAGAGGGGACCAUUGCAGAUCUGAUUAUCAGGCUUGAGGAACUGCUGAACUUCAAAGACAUAUACCCCAAGCUAUUUUGGAAACUACAGAAAGCGGUGGUGGUGUCCUUCAUUUUUCAUGUAUGCACGGAGUUGUAUACUACCUAAAUUUCCUAUUCUGGACGGAGUCAGCCAGGGACCACGCUGAUGGGCUGCUGAGUUUUAAACAGUUCCCCACAUGCUACAUUUCAGAUGUGGCUGGACAAGUUGCUCGGCAUACAAACAACCGGACAAGACAAUUGUAUUUCAAGCAACAUGAUGGAAGACUGUGUGCUCCAACCCCUGACAACAUCAAGCUGGCUGUCAAUAAGGAAUUGCAGAUGGACAUGAAGUGGGUUAAGAACCUGAGGUUCCCACUCCCACUACAGGGAAGUCUCGAUGGUGACAGAGUGGCAGCAACACAUCCUAUCACAGGCACAACAGAGAGAUAUUCACUCUAUGACAGAUUCCACCAGAAAAACCAGAAACGUCCAGAAGAGAGGCUUAGAAGUCUGAAUAUCUGCCCCAGCCUCCGAACAGAAAUCAACUCAUCAGUUGCAGAGCAGUUCAAUCGCGAACUUGCAUCUGUUAGAUAUUCAUUGUGCCAAAUGAAAGAGGCACACUUCAAACAAACACUACGGGUUUUGAUAGAUCUCCACAAUGAGAAAAUCAACCUAACUUUCAAAUCAGAAAUGGAGGCCUUAUGCAAUACCCAGUUGUCUAUUGGCCUUCAUGGAAUGCUGGGUCUGCAGUCUGCUGGGAAGGAAGAUCAUAAGCCGACUGUAGCUGGCACUGUGAGAUCAUCAUUUCAAGCAGAACUAUAUGCCAUCGAUGAUAAUGACAAG